GGGAAUAUAAAUGUAAAAUAACAGAUCUUGACAUGUGACGUUGCCUUUAAUGAAAUAGAAAUAAAGCAACGUUUUGCGUUGAGUCAGUUAAUGACAUUACGUCAGAUAGGACGGAUGUGCUGUGUGUUCAUUGUUACAAUACACACGGUGUGUAACACAUUGCGUAUAAUAAAGUGUGAUUUACAGUGAAUUUAGAUGAUGUUUUGAAUGGCAAUCAAUUAUUAACAGAAGAAUAAUAAUUGCGAAGUGCAUCUUUCGAUCUCGGCAUACUUUUUUUUGUAUUUCAAAUUCAAGUGGACACACAAUCUGAAGUGUUUGUGUGUUUGAUAAUUAAAAAACAAAAUAAAAAUAGAAUAAAAAUAAAAUAAAAUAAAAACAACCAAAUGCUAAACAAGAAAGAAACCUAGUGCUGAUUGUGCAUUUGUAUGCACAAAAAAUUACUCUAAUUGGAUUAACACGGUAUUAAUUUGUUGUAAAACAUUUAAAACUGAAAAUACCCAACUAAUCGCUGAAAUUAUCUAAAUACAUUUCUAGAACUAUCGCACCUCGAAAACAUGACCAAUUAACACUUUCUGGUGCUCAAUUAACGAAAUUAUUAUUAUUCACAUAUCAUUUGCGAACCAUAUUAUGCUGUUAAAAAUUAAAAGCACAGUGUCAAAGCCAAAUGAGCUCGGUUAAAAACAUACAGCCAAGAGUGCUAUAUAAUAUACAUCUCCAUUAUAAAUAUAUUGUAUAAAUUUUUGACGCGGGAAAAGUUUUCACGUUGUCUUGUGUCUGUUUUAUUGUGCUUUUUCGCUCUGAGCGGAGUGUGUGUUGAGCUUUGUUUAACUUUGCAUCAACAAAUAUAAAUUUUUGUUUUUAUGAAAAUAUAGUUUUACUACUAUACACUGUGCUAAUGAGUUUGGGUAAAUAUAUUAUUCGGUGCUAUUAACAUUUUUGGAAUUGUUUUUUGAAGAUCAACACAACAAGGACAAAUAAACAAAUUUAUUGGAUAAAUAAAUUACAUGACGGAAAGUGGCCGAGCACCGAGACAAGCGACAAAUUUUACCCUGUCAGACAUAAAUUCUUUCACAACGGAUUCGCCCAGGGAAACAUAUUUUAAAAACGCAUCCGACGAGUCGGGAUGCGAGUCUGAUAUGGCCGAAGGUGUUGAGGAGGCAGAGAGCAAUAGUGGUGGUGACGCUAUAGCUAUGCUCGGGGCUGCGAUGCCUUGCGAAACGAUUAAUCCGAAUAUUGGUGCUUUGAAGCGGGAGUUUGAAGCCUAUCAUAGCGCUCUAGCCACAUCAACGCCUGUAGCAGCAGUUUCACAAAUUCAUCCAAUUAAUCUCAAAUCAGAGGACUUUGAUAAAGAACGGGAAAGUUCAUCAUGUAGUCCUGUACCAGCGAACGUAAAUAAUAGGGGAAAUUUGGCAUCGUCAAUAUUAAACGCUGAAAAAAUGUCUCCGCACCACCAGGAACAUCAUAAAUCCAGCACUAACACAACCGGAUCAGUUCAAACCCCCAUGAAUGGAACUAUGCAAGACAUGGUAAAUCUGCAGAAGCUACAAAAUUUGGUAUCAAUACAACAUUCGCCUUUACCGUCACUUGCAAGCCUUCAGGGAUUAUCUGGUCUUUCAUCGACCGCCGGUUUAAAUUCACCUUUGAAUUUAAGUGUUGGAUCUGCAUCAAAUUUAAAUCCAUCCCAGCAUUCGACGGGCGGUGGUGCAUUGGGUGGUAGUUCACAAUUGCCACAAUUAAUUUUAGCCUCUGGUCAGCUAAUUCAAGGCGUUCAAGGGGCUCAACUUUUAAUCCCUACAUCACAAGGCAUUACGUCUCAAACAACAAUUUUAAUGAUUCCGGUGAAUCAACUAACAAAUUCAAAUGAGCAAUUAGUUCAAACAUUAGCUGCCUUAAAUAAUAGUGCCGCUUCAUUAAAUAACAUUCAAAUGCAAUCCAUGCAAUUACCCGCACAGCAGAGCGGUUCGGCUGCAGGAGGUAUCUUGAAUCCGAAUCUAUUUUCGAGUAGCGUCCAGCAAUUAGUAGCAGCCAUUCAGCCCGAUCUGUUCAAUCAAUCGAAAAAUCAACCCGCCUCACACCAUCAAUUCCACUCACAACAUCAAACAUCUGAACAUUGCUCAUCGCCACAUCAUUCGCAAAAUCAAACACCGGGUCAGGCAUCGCCAAUUCCACACAACCAUCGCGUUCAAACGCCCAAACAAAGUCCACCGAAGGGUUCGUCAUCGUCGUCGAUACUUCUGUCUCAAUUCGAGAAGCAAAUCAACUCGUCAACGUCAACCCAAUCACACUCAACAUACUGUCCGACAACAAAUGGUCAUGUACAAAUUCCAAUUACUUCACAUUUAAAUAUCAACACUCGAUCUCAUUCGCCGAGCACAGCGGCUAUUAACAGUAUAAGCAGAUUAACAGCAGCCAACGGUGAACUAACAAUAACAAAAACUCACGGUCCAACGCCUAGUUAUAGUUCAACUAGUUCUAGUUCUAAUCAUUUAGCCAAUCAACAUUCCUCAUCGAUGAAGAUGAGCCCAUCUUCAAUGCAUUUAUCACCAACGGAAACAGAUAAUUCAAAUGCAGACAUGUUAUCGGAUUCGCCAGAUGAGCCCACUAUCAACCAAACAAACUGCAAUGUGGUGGAUGGUAUAGACUUAGAUGAAAUAAAAGAAUUUGCCAAAGCAUUCAAGUUACGGCGUCUGUCGCUGGGCCUAACUCAGACCCAGGUCGGCCAAGCACUGUCCGUAACCGAAGGUCCCGCGUACAGCCAAAGUGCUAUUUGCAGUGCUCUGGCCGCUCAGAUGUAUGCAGCUCAACUAUCGUCGCAGCAACAGCAAAAUAUGUUUGAGAAAUUGGAUAUCACCCCAAAAAGUGCCCAAAAAAUUAAACCCGUUCUAGAACGAUGGAUGAAAGAGGCUGAAGAAAGUCACUGGAACCGGUACAAAAGCGGACAGAAUCACUUAACCGAUUUCAUUGGUGUGGAACCGUCAAAGAAAAGAAAAAGACGCACAUCGUUUACCCCACAAGCUUUAGAAUUGCUCAAUGCUCAUUUCGAAAGAAACACACAUCCAUCAGGUACUGAAAUCACUGGAUUGGCUCAUCAGCUCGGCUAUGAACGAGAAGUAAUACGAAUUUGGUUUUGUAACAAAAGACAGGCCCUGAAGAAUACGGUCAGAAUGAUGUCCAAGGGAAUGGUUUAAAAUUAAUUCCAGUGACAUGAAAAUAUGAAUUUAAUUAUGAAGA